AUGAGAUUCAUAUUCCGUUUUGCAGCCAUGGAAUUGGAAUUGCAAACUUGCCUUGGACUUCGAAAUUAUCGGAAAGUAAAGCUUCUUGAAGCUCUAAGUCUCUCUUGGACCGAUGAGCUGGCAGAAAAAGGAGAGACCGAGAAGGAGCGAACAAGAGCAUCUCAGGAACAUCCAACACCGAUUAUUGAAUUUAUGCAAGAAAUCAUUGCAACAACGGGAGCCUAUCGAGACAUGGAUCUUCCCUUGCCAGAAAAACUUCGUACGGAAUGUGAAGAAACUGACGACGAAAAGGGUGAAGAUGAUGACAAACACAAUCAAGAAAAAUUGAAUGACAAUAUGAAGAUUCACCCCUAUGAUAUCCUGACAAUAGCCAUCCAGAACUCUGAGCCAUCCCUCCGCCAACUCUUGCUAGGUCGUCUAUUUCUCAUGGGUCAUGGAAUACCUGUUGUCUUGCCAGUUUCCCUACACGCUGCAACCAGUGAACUGAAGGAGAAAAGAUUGGAGUUGCUCGUCUGGGCUCUCGAAAAUAUUGAUGUAAAGUACUGUGGUCUUUAUCACCCGUUGGUUGAAUUUCAAGCUCCAUUUAUUGGCUUCAUCCGUGUUGGAAAACUUCACAACAAUAUUUCAAAAUCAAAGGUAAUCAAUGAAGCCUUGUUUGAGAAACACGACACAUUCUUCCAUUCAAAAUUGCCACUCGGAGAAGCUAAACGACUAAUCAGCAACGGAGUCAUUGAAAUGACUUGGGCGAAAGUUUCCCUGUCUCCUGGUAGAGAGACUAGUGAUUCAGAUGAAAAUGGCAGUGUAAAGCCAGCCUUCAUCCUGAAUUUGCGGGGAGAUGCUGUCUCCUAUCCCGAACGAGUCCACCUCCUUGGAAAGUUAUGCUCACUUGUCAUUCUGUUUCUUGGAAAUGAAUCUACACAGUCCCUGGAAGGAGGUGACCAAGCCUUAAGCGAUGUCGUAUCCCGUCUGACUUGCACGAGAGGAACAAUGGGAGCUCGUUGCACUCUUUUGAAAGGAAGAAGAUGCGCAUUGCCAAAUAUCGAUCGCAUCAAAGGCAACAACCCUAACGUGAAGAUUGUCGAUCUCCAAUUUAAAACCAAUUGCCCUAUCAAGGCGGUCCGAGACGAAGUAAAUGAGGAACUAACAAGAACCAGCAACUCAAAAUCUCCCACUGAUACCACCAAUACCGAAGCAUUUUUUUCCAGGAAGGAUGUGGGUGAAAUUCUUAACCCGGCUGACUCAGUUGGUGACGUCUUUCCAGGAGUUGCAAUUGACAUGAAUUCUAGAGCAAUUUUAAAAUCAAAAGCUCUUGCUGAAGAACUUGCCGGAGAGUUUAUGAUAGGAAAGACAAGGUCCAGAAAAGGGGAAUGUCUGCCCUUGAGCACGGAAGUCUUGCCAAAUUACGCAAAGAACGAGCACAAGAAAAGACAUAAUAAAUUCUUCGACAGCCAUGAGUGGAAGGAUAUGCAACAGUCACUCCGUUCAAAGCAGGUUCUUUAUAUUAGUGAAAAUCGGGGAAUAUCACAAAAUCUCCUGGAAUUUAUGAAGACCCUAGACCGAAUGCCAGCAGAGCCAAUCAGGAAUAGCCUUUUUUAUUUGGGGAUUAAAUUGGACAUACUAAGCACUGAGGCUCUAAAUCCCUUGCGAGUAGAAUGGGAGAAAAUCUGGGAACUACUCAACAUUUCUGCCAAAGAUUUUGACACGGAAGGAAGAAAUGAAAAGAAGCUGCAACUUGCAGAGGUAGAGAGGAAAAUGCGGGAGUCAUCCCUGAGCUUGGACAACAUUUUCAGAGAGUUAGCCCAAAUUUACGAAUGCCUCAUUGACACUGAUAAUAGGAACAUUGUGUCUAGCCUUCCUGGUACAAUGGCAUCACUGAUUUUGGAUGGAAUGUCAAUGGAAUUGUUGGAUGGUGAUAACGACUACAUUCCUUUGAAGUGGUUGAAAGAUAUAUUUAAGUGCAUGGAAAGCAGAGCAAGGAAGAUAUGGGUGGUCUCAGUCAUUGGCAUUCAAAGCUCGGGCAAGUCAACAAUGCUGAACACAAUUUUUGGAUCAGACUUUUUAUCUCGAACUGGAAGGUGCACGAAGGGGGUCUGCAUGCAGUUUUUUCCUUUUGACAAUUCAUAUCAAGAAAGUGAGUCGCCCAGGGACUAUUUAGUCCUCCUUGAUACCGAGGGAUUGAGACCACACGAGUUUUCAGACGAUUACUCCGGAAGGCGAGAUAAUAACCUGGCUACAUUUGCCAUUGGACUAUCUGACCUGACUCUCUUGAAUGUCAUGGGUGAAACGCCAACAGAUGCGAAGGAGCUUUUACCUACUGUCAUCCAAGGCUUCAUCCGAAUGAGGGAGGUCAAAAUAGAACCUCAAGUAGCCAUCAUCCAUCAAAGCGUGCGAGAAGAUGCGGAUAGGUCUCACCAGCUGGGCCUGAAAGUAUUACAAGAAGCUCUUGAAAUGAAGGUUGCGGCAAAAGAAGAGGUCUUGCAUACAAAAAUAACAAAAUUCCUGGACAUUAUCAAAUUGAGUUUGACGGAAGAUGUGCACUACUUCCCUUCUUUGUUUCAGUCCGGCAAACUCAGCAUCCACUCCAAGGAAUAUGGAAUCAAAGGCAAAGAAAUUAAAAAGUUCAUCUUGAGGAAACUGCUCUCUCGCGGUGGGCGGGAUCUGAAUGUCUUCAGAAGAAAUCUGGAGCAGUUGUGGGGAGCAAUCAUGAAAGAAAACUUUGCCUUCAACUUUCGCAAUGUCAUGGAGAUGGCGGCCUACAAUGUUAUGGAAAGUAUAGUGCAGUCACUCGUGCACGAAACGGAUGUACAACUUAUCAAGAGGUGGGAUGAAUGGAAAGGAGAAAUCAUGAGAGCAAACAACGAAUGCAAGGUUCAGGAGGUGUGCCGAAAGAGAAAAGAUGAACUCGAUUCAUUGGCAGAAGAAAUUUUCAAGGAAAAGGCUGAGACGCUGAAUGAGAAGAUCAAUUCUUCUGAAGGAAGGACAUUUUAUGCGAUGUGGCGGGAGAGGAUUACCUCGCAGCUUAGGGGCCUUGUCUGUGCAAAAAGGGACCAAAUCUGUGAUUGUUUUGCAGCGAAAGAAAUAAAGCAGUCUGCAAAAUUUCACGUGCAAUAUGCUGUUGCCGAAGUAAUAAAGAAAAUGGAAUUGGAAAUCGAGCAGCAAGGAAAGGGGGAAGAUGGAUCCUUCGAGAAAGUAUGGAAUCGUUGGGAAGGUGAAUUGACAAAAGCCAUAGGCUUAAACUCUACUGGCUUGGGUAUCGAAGAUACCUUGUUGGAAAAGAUGAAAUUGGAACUGCUUAACCUGAUUCCGGGGAAGUAUCUGAAGGAAAUCCAAGAAGACUGGGAUGUGAAGGCAGAAGAUAAGGCGAAGACAAUAAUAAGAAGAGGUUUUGAAUCUCUCUUCCGCAAGAGCCCAAUUAUGAAACGGGUUCAUGAAUUAUCAGAAUUGUGUCUGAGAAUAUUGGAUAUUCAGAGCAUUACAGAGGCAUAUGCAAGAGAUGGCUGCAUGAAGAGAGUUAUAACUGAAAUCUACGCGUGCGCGAGAAGAGUGACAAGGGAGGACCGCAAAGGGCAGAACAAGAAGACGUUCACUGGAUACUGCUUCUUUACCUUGAUCAAAGAUGAUGAUUUUGAGACGACGAUGGAGUUUGUCAAGAGCCCUGAUCAGUGGAAACGAAAGUAUAUGGAAAAGGUGGCCCUUGAGUCCCAAGAAAAAAAUCAAAGGGAAUUUUUUGAUUCCACAAAGAAGAUGAAGGAGUUUUGUAAUGGAACCAUUGGGAACUUUUUCGAAUUCCUUGAAGACUCCGACAGGAUUCCUCUUGAUUUUGAUUACUUCAUUGAAAUGGUUAAUGAGCGCCUAAAAUUGGCAUAUCCCAUCAAGCACAGCUCAAUCGUGCGGGAUUCUUGUUCUGAUAUUGCUGUUAAGGAGGUCGUUCCACAUUUGAGGGAUCUAGUCAUCAAGGAAAGAGAAAAAAUAUUUGAAUUUUCUCAAGUUGACCUCCUCGGGGGGGAUGAUGAAGAUUCGCCCAUCAGUCGCCUGCUGAAGAACUUGUUAGGCUGUCUCGAGAGAUGCCCAUUUUGCAGGGCCGAAUGUGAGCAUUCAUUUGAGAACCACAUUCAAGGCGAACAAAAUGAUUCGGUCACUCUUCACACCACGGAGAUUCACAACCCUCAGUGGGAUAAAACGGAAGAAAUGGUAUUGGAGACGUGUCCAGAAUCCAUAGGAAGUGAGGCGCGGUUCAAACCAUCAGAUGAAGAGGAAUGGACGCCGUAUAAGGAGUACAAAACAAAAUAUCCAGAUUGGGAUAUUCCUCCAAUGGAACAAGAAACUUCUCCUCUCUUCUGGAAGCGUUUCAUCGCAAGACAUGCAGAAGCUUUAGCGGAAACAUACGGAAUGAAGGUUUCGAGAGAACUGCCUCAGGAAUGGAAUCAAUAUACAGAGGAAGAAGGCUUAUCGACCAUCCAAUUGGCCAAUGUCUGGAAUGCCUUUUGCGGAAGACAUAGCAUCAACACCCCAUAUGACUCCUUACAUUUUCUGAUCUCCCCAUCAACAGAGUAUGAAAUGACGAAGAAACCUCCCCAGACCUUCCCGAAAAACCAUGUACUUGUGAGUGCACCUGUCACAGCAUUUUGUUGGCCAUGAUGAAGGANA